AUGACUAUCAAAUUCCCACACAAAACUGCCAGGGCUUCUACUAACCCACAGAGAGGCAUCCCAGGACCAAAUGCAUACAACCUGCAGAGCUCCUUCAUAGACAAGAAUAACUUCAACAUUGGUGUCUCCAGGGUGUUCAGGUUGCCUGUGGCUGUGCAGCUGGAUGGCCCAAAGCACAAAACUCCAGCCCCAAAUCAAUAUGAUGUCAGUUGUGUUAGUAGAGAAAGCUUCUCCACAGUUGUUGGUACAUCAACUUUCCUGUCAAAAACUGGACGCGAUGCUUUUUACCUAAACAAAAAUGGGCCAUCACCAUGCCACUAUGAGGUGACCAGCCACUUAGUCCAGCACAGCUCCAAGGCAGUCUUGUCCCCCUUCAAAUCAAAAACCCAGAGAAUCCCUCCUCUGAUGAACAACCAUGUACCAGGCCCAGGAGCCUACAGUCCCCAUCAGACCCCUGCUCCGGUGAAGAGGACCGUCCUGCCGAGGGGAUAUUAUUUGGCAAUAUCAGCGCCUCCUUUGAUUGUCCCUAAGGAUCCUCCCUUGCCAGGCCCUGGGCAGUAUGACAUAGGGGAUUAUACCGGCCUGUCUAAGCGUCCCAUGCCCACUGCUGCGUUUGCAUCCAGAACUGAAAGGAUACCCCAAAACCCACGAGCGGACUUGAGGCCAGGUCCAGGUUUCUAUGAUCCACACAUUUCGCCUAAACAAUCCUUCUUUUACAACGACUCCAGAGUCUGGCUUCCUGUAUGAAACUUUCAAGGAAACCGGCACUGCAGAUAUGAACAUUAUUUUACACACACAUACUAAUAAAAAUUGCUUCUAUGCAAGGUA